AUGUUCAAAACUCCUCUCUUCUUCAACCUACACCACCACCAUUUUGCUCCCAAGGAUGGCUGCCUUCAAGAUUUCUCAUCUUACUUGCUCUUCGAGGCCACGGGCGACUCGGAGGCUGAUGCCUCCUCGGUUGACCCCGGUGGCUCCUCCGCCGCCCCGGGGUCCCCAGAGUGCAACGAUGCCGAGUCUUGCACCGAUGACACUCCUGAUUGCGACGAGUUUGAUAUGGAUGAGGACGAGGAUCAUGAGGAUGGAGAGGAGGGGGAGAAUUAUGAGAAAAAUGAUGAUGAGGUGGUUGAAAGCAAGGCAACAAAAGGAUUCACAAAGUCUAGUGCUUCUAUUGAUUCAACUAAGGAGUUUAAAAUGCUGAAUGAGGUGGACAAAAACAGGUUGUUUUGGGAGGCUUGUUUGGCAUCAUAA